GCGUAUAAAAGCCUAGCUGCAGGGAAUAGACAGACUUCUCAGACAGACAGGAGGAGUGCAAGAAAAGCUAAUCAGCAAGAACCCAUACACUUCAACUAUUUCUCAAAGGAAGGAUGAAGGUUACUCUGCAGUGUGGGGUGCUGAGUGUCAUUCUCGUCCUCUGUCUCUGCUAUGAUUCUCAUGAAAGUCGUGAGUCUUUUGAAGAUCUGUUUUUAAGUCCAUACCGAGCCAAUUCUUUCUUCAACCGUCCAAGAGUCAACACCUACAACAGCUACAACUACAGAAGGUUGAUCAAGUCCCCUCUGGAACGACAGUCAGAGAUCUGUGAGGAUUUCUCUCUGUGUCGCCUCUAUGCACAUCGCUAUGGAUACCAGAAUGCUUAUCAGAAGUAUUUCCCUGGAAGACAUUUGAGAAUGGUCAGAGUGUAAUCCAGAGAGGAAGAGAGGACAGAGAAGGCCAUGAAUCAGUCUCCGUGUCACUUGCCAGUUAUUGUACUUCUUUCCUUCUAACUGGGUUGUAUAUAUAUACGUAUAUCAUUUUGUUGAUUGAUUUGGCAAUUCUAGAAAUUGUUUUACACCCCAAGCAUUACCUGCUUAUCCGAACCCUCCUGGUGCACUUAUUCAUCACAAUGGGGCUCCUAGGCUCAGCUCAGACAUUGGAAUUGAUCAUAUCUGUCAUUUUCAUAUUAUUUAUUUUAAUAUAAUAUGUAUAUCAAUAUGAUAUAUUUCGGCAAUCACAUAAGUUCCAAACCAUAUUUAUUUUCUCAUACAAUAUAGCUUUAAGUCACACUCAAUCUUAUCAAUCUAUUAUACUCAUUUCACUAUAUUUCACUAUAUUUCAUCACAUUGUUUUUUUUAAAACAUCUGAAUUCACAAGCUCGUCUGUUUCAAUUAAAGAAUGAAACCAUUUCUAUUUUUUCUAAAUGAGAAAAAAAAAAAUCAUAUCUUGCAGUCUAGAAUGCUUCAACAGUACUUUGCACACUAGAACACAUUAUUAUUCCUUCCUGCAGUGAGAGCAUUACUGCUCCUGACAGUAACUGUUAGCUAUCCUCUUUAUUCUGCACUCGGAUCGGAUGAUUCAGAAUGUAAAGCUAUGAUUUAUGAUUGUUUUAUACCAUGGUUAGGCAACAACUGUGUACAAAGUGUCUGUAAACAGAU